AUGUUUGGGCCGUGUCUUGGCGAGACUUUGGCUCUUUGCACUUUUGACUUCUUCCUACUCCUUCACUGUCUACUCUGCCUUGGAAUCAUGGCUCAAUCGAGACCUGCUCGGUACAUUGCUCAUGCUCUCGAAGAGCUGGGGUUGACCACCAUGUGGCAUUCCUCCCUCGACGUGAAGCUGCUCUGCGCCCAGCGUUUCGUCCGCCUGUUCGCAUACGGUGGUUCAACACUGAUCCUGGCAUCCUACCUCUCGGCCAUUGGGAUAUCUGAUGAUCGGAUCGGAUUAUUUAUGACUCUGACGCUGGUCGGAGAUGUGGUCAUCAGCUUCUUCCUGACCCUCUUUGCGGACCGCAUGGGUCGCAAGGCCGUAUUAUCGCUCGGGUCGAUCCUCAUGGCAGCCAGUGGUGUGGUAUUUGCGCUCUUUGGAAAUUAUUGGAUUUUAUUGGCAGCAGCUGUCUUUGGUGUCAUCAGUCCCAGUGGAAAUGAGAUUGGUCCGUUCCGCGCCGUGGAAGAAUCCACCCUCGCCCAUCUCACCGUGCAUGAGAAAUUGAGUGAUGUCUUUGCCUGGUACUCUUUAAUUGGAACAGCUGGCUCCGCCCUGGGAAUGCUGGUAUGCGGUUGGAUUAUUAACUCUCUUGAGUCCAUCCAUGGGUGGGCCUUUAUCCCGGCCUGUCACAUCAUUUUCUUCGUCUAUGCCGGAGUCGGCAUCGUCAAGUUGAUCUUCACUUUGGGUCUGAGCAGUAAAGUUGAGGUUCAGGAACAGGAGCCGGAGCAGAACCCGGAGACUCGUCCUCUGCUGGCAGAGCCCACAGAAGAGGAGACGGCACCGGCACCAAAGAAGAGCCUGUUCCCCUCGAUCGAAAAGGAUCUGUGGUCGCUGGUGAUUCGUCUCUUCAUCUUGUUUGGUGUGGACUCCUUUGCCUCCGGGCUGGCCUCUUUGUCCUGGAUGACCUACUUCUUCAAGGGUAAAUUCAAAUUGCCGGAGGGCCAACUCGGCACGAUCUUCUUCACCACAAACCUGAUCUCCGCGGCAUCCAUGUUGGUCGCCUCGUCUCUAGCCAAGCGCAUCGGCAACGUCAAGACAAUGGUGUUCACCCAUAUGCCGUCGGCCAUUUGCCUGGCUCUGAUCUCCGUCCCCUCCACCCUUCCCUUGGCUCUGACCUUCUUGGUCUUGCGUGCUUGCUCUCAGAACAUGGAUGUGGCCCCGCGCUCGGCCUUCCUCGCCGCUGCUCUACCGGCUGACAAGCGCACUGCCAUUAUGGGGGCAGUCAAUGUGGUUAAGACCACCUCGCAGAGCAUGGGACCUUUGUUGACUGGAAUCUUGUCACGCAAUGGCCACUUCGGUGUCUCCUUUAUCAUUGCUGGUUGCUUGAAGGUGGUCUAUGAUCUCGGUAUGCUGUUCAGCUUUGCCGGUAAGGAGGCUGCUCGUCGCAAGCAGAACUCGCAAGAGGAUGAGGAGACCAGUUAG